CUUUCAGCGUUAAACCACUAAAGAUGCGCUCAAGGAGCGGGUCAGGUGUGCGUUUGGAUCGUAUCCUUUUUAUGGUCGAUCAAACAAUUUGCAAGUAUCAAAAUGCUAUCACGGGAUUGUUUGCUAAUCAGAAGGAGUUUCCUGACCAUGCUUGGGUUCGCGACAACGUCUAUGUCAUUCACUCCUUGUGGGCGCUCUACCGUGCCUACAUGAAGUGUGCGGAAUUUGAUGAGGAUCUAACGAAAGCAAACGAAUUGGGUCUUACAUGCGUAAAAAUGAUGCAGUCAAUUUUGGAAUGUAUGAUGCGACAAGCUGACAAAGUUGAGCUGUUCAAGAAAUAUCAGAGGCCGGUGGACUCGCUUCACGCGAAAUAUUCUGUUUCUACAAAGAGUCAAGUAUGUGGCGAUACAGAGUGGGGCCAUCUUCAAAUAGAUGCUACUUCGUUAUUUUUGCUCACUUUGGCACAAAUCACUGCCUCAGGUUUACAAGUGGUGCGCAACAUCGAUGAGGUGGCAUUCAUACAAAAUCUCGUUUACUACAUAGAAAAUGGUUAUCGCACACCGGACUUUGGAAUAUGGGAAAGAGGUGACAAGACCAAUCAAGGAAUAAGGGAGCUUAAUGCUAGUUCUAUUGGAAUGGUAAAAGCUGCUCUGCAGGCUAUGAACGAUGUCGGCGACUUAUUUGGAGAUGGUUCGCGACGAUCUGCUAUUCAUGUUUUACCUGAUGAAAUCGAGCAGUGCUCUGCAGUACUUAGCAGCAUGUUGCCAAGAGAAUCGUUUAGCAAGGAAACGGAUGCAGCGCUACUGACCAUAAUUUCUUAUCCUGGAUUUGCUGUAGAGGACCAAGAACUAGUCGAUAAAACUAGGGAUACCAUCUGUUCAACAUUGCUUGGAAAAUAUGGCUGUCGAAGGUUUCUUCGUGAUGGGUAUAAAACUGCUCUAGAGGACCCAUUUCGACUGUACUAUAACAAGUCUGAGCUCCAACAAUUCGAAGACAUCGAAUGCGAAUGGCCAUUGUUUCUGUGUUUUCUUAUGCUAGACGCUUUAUAUGACAAAAACGAUGAAGCUGUCGAGGACUAUUGGCAGCAAAUUGAGAGUAUCGUCGUGUUGUCUGAGGAAGGAUUUCGAUUGAUUCCCGAAUUAUACAGGGUGGAAAGGGAGCAUGUGGCCGGUGAGAAAAGUGAGCGUGGAUCACAGCCAAGGGUAGCGAGUGGGGCAACUCCAUUUCUCUGGGCGCAGUCAUUGUAUGUCAUUUGCUGCCUUCUUUACGAAGGUUUUCUGACACCGGCUGAGCUUGAUCCUUUGAGUCGAAGACUGUCAGCGCAUCAGAAACGUCCACCAUGUGAAGUGCAAGUCACUAUCCUGGCAGCAAAUAGCGAGGUUCAGCGUGAACUGCGUUCCAAUGGAAUACUCGUUCAACGCAUAGAUGAGAUCGACCCUGUGUUCACAAUUCUUCCAGCAUCGUCUCUUGCUGAAAUCCACUCUAGGAUUGGACAAUCGAAGAAGCUUAAUUUAACUGGGCGACCGUUGGAUAGGGACGUGGGAUUGCUAAGUACCAGUCGUCUGUAUCAAAUCGGGAAAAAAUUUGUGAUUUUCACUCCUCAGUUCAUGGACAGCCGUCGAUCCCAUUUGAUGUACGAUAUCCGUAUUCUUAUGGAUGAAUGGAGUUCAGAGCUACAGUACAUCUAUGCCUCUUGGAACUCCGUCAGCAUCAGCGGAAGACCUUUGGUGGUUCUCGUUGUUAGCAGUGAUAUGCUUACGACGGAUGGCUUAUCCGAUUUCUCAAAUAUUUCUCUCAAUCGCUUCAUGAAAUCCACUGUUAUGGGAACUAUCAAGAAGAUCAACACUGGUUAUCUUGGAGGUGCAAGAAUAGUCAUGAAAAAUCUAUCGGAAUUCUUUCGCACGACGGCUGUUAGCAAGUUGGAAUUUGGUGAUUCAACGGGAUUUUUGCUGGAAGAAUCCGAAACGAAGGUCCAAUUUGCUCUUCCUAGUGAUGUGAGCAUCAGUGAGAAAUCUAGUUUUUCCUUUUCACCCGCGAGACCCGCGUUCAAGCGUGUUGAUUCGGUGAAAGACCGUACGUCAUACAGUAUCGUCCACAAGACUUCGAUGCGACAUCGAUCUAUCGCUUUGGAUAGUAAUGAUAGCGAUCUCGCUGAAUUACGGCUCAAGUAUCGUACCAACACUCUUGAACCUACCAUUGCCGAAAGACCUGCAAGCCCAACUCCUACUACUCCUAAGAAAACAUCAGAUGGAAAUCUGUCCAAGAAUAUGCUGAAGACAUACAGCAGAAACUUAGACAACAAUUCAUCUCGAAAAGAUGUGACACGUGUGCAGAUGAAUGCGAUGGAUGCUGAUGAUUUGGUUGAUAUGCUUCUUGAGACAACCGUACUUGAAGAACAAGCCUCAAUUGUACACUGCUUGUGGAUGAAACACGGCCCAGACUACAACACUAAUCUCAACGGACAGUAUGUGACAGUAAAGAUGCUCAUGGAAGAGGUUUACACAAAGUCUUGCGAAGGCCGCAUGUGGGCAUUGGUCCGGCUGACAGCUGGACUACUGAACAAGCGUCUGGAAGAGCUCGGUAAAGCGGUCACUCACCUGCUUGUAAGACAAAAGCAAAUUACGGUUGGAAUGCCAUCAAAAAAGGAAGAGGCAAUAACUUCACCAAAAACCAAUGAAGAAUUGAAGGAGAUCAUGCAUAGAGCCUAUGCGGACGAUCCAAAUGCUUUCAUGCUUAGCCAGGAAAUUAUCGUUUCCUUGGGUUCCUUGGUUCGUACGGAACCGAAACUUUUUGUUGAGAUGUUCCGUUUGAGGAUUGGGCUCAUCAUUCAGGUCCUGGCAUCAGAACUUGCUCGUAUCAAAAGCCUUUCCGCAGCCGAUGCUGCUGAGAAUCUGAUGACGAUCAGUCCGUUUGAGUUGAAAUCCAUGCUGUUUUCCUUGCUGAGUGGACGCCUUUUGGAAGAGGUAGUAGACGACAAUGAAGCGGCGAAAGAGACUCGUACAGGCAUAGGAAGCUUCAGGCGACAUAUCGAGGAAAGGAAGUCACUACGCAAAUCGAUGCGUAGCUUCCAAGGCAGCACCAGACAAGUGCCAGAAGUACCAGAAGGCCCGCCAACACCCUCAGAAGACGAAGACGAAGAAAUAUCAGCGGAAGACGAUUUCCAGUUUGGAAUCUGGCUUCGACAUCGACGAAUCGAUGGCGCACUUAAUAGAGUCCCAAAUAAUUUCUAUGCUAGCCUAUGGGAUACGGUUAAUCGUCUGCCGCAUGGUAUCAAAAUUAACGAUACUAUCCUACAUUGGGGAUUGACACAAGAGAUGACCAGACGAGAAAUGAAGUUUGCUUUAGAAGUGGAACAAGCGUUGAAUCGAAUCGCUGAGCCGGAAUACAGAGAAAUGGUGGUUGAAGCACUGUGGUUGCUCGGAAAGAUCGAUAAGCUUGUACAAAGCGAACAACCAAAUUUCCCAAGAGAUCGCCCUUUGGACAUAGAUACAGUGCUACACAAAGCAAAUGAUAUAUUUGUUGAGCACAACCGUGAAUUGGGUACCAUUGUCCUUGAAUGUUGUGCAUCCGGGAAGCAGUGCGAUGGUGCUCGUGGCCUCUGCCGCCACCUCUACGAUUCAGCUCCGGCCGGAGAGUUUGGAACUAGCCAUUACCUCAUUAAAGCGAUGAUUAUCAUGUACACUUAGGCCAUGUUUGACUAAUCGAGAACUACUGGCCAUAUUUGACCCAAUUGCCAAUCAAAUACGAGUUAUGUAUCGCCUUCGAUACCUUAAUCUUGCUCACAUAGUCAGUACAAGUGAUUAGCUGAUGACUUCUCGAAUAUUGCGAUGUUGUUGAAUUUACUCUGCGUAGCCACGUUCACACCCAUAACCAUCCCAUGAUGACAGUACGGUUUGAAAUCGUUGUUUGAAAUAUAAUCUUUAGCUUGAAAAAAAAUUAGUGUCACAACCCUACUGCGCUCACUAAUUAACUCCUUGCAUUUUUCCUUAGGAAGCAUUUGUAUUUGUCAAAGUUCUGCUGCUUUCACUAGCAAAGUUACCUCGAUAAAUGAGAGUAUGUUGCAAAUUUGUAUUUAGUUAGAUUCUAGUCGUAUCGGUGCUGUGUUGGUGCUUCACAGGAUUUAGACUUGGUCAAAAAUGAAUAUUAUAAAUAGC